UACCGCCAUUUUGAAACAGUGUCAUGAUCAUAGUUUGAGUCGAGCUAGUGAAAGUGGAGUUUGGAUAUAUUGCUAUCCAAAUAAAUUGUUUAAGACUUAAAGAUAAUUAUGUUUUCAAGUGGAGCGACGAGUUUUGGUGGAACAAGCACUGGAUUUAGCGGUUUUAGUAGUGUAAAUUCGACUAAUAACUUAGGUCUUGGAAAUACAGACAACCCUAUGAAAGAUAUCGAAGUCCAGUCACCUCCAGAAGACACAGUUAGUGCGGUUCGAUUCAGUCCUAAAGCUGAUUUCCUGAUUGCUUCGUCUUGGGCAAAUGAUGUUCGAUGCUGGGAAGUUCAAGAGAAUGGGCAAACUAUUCCAAAAGCACAGAAAACACAUGCAGGGCCAAUAUUAGACUGUGCAUGGCAUGAUGAUGGGAGUAAAGUGUUUACAGCUUCUGUAGAUAAGCAAUGUAAAGUAUGGGACUUGAAUGCGAACCAAGACAUGCAAGUUGCACAGCAUGAUGGCCCAGUUAAGACAUGUCAUUGGGUGCAAGCUCCAAACUACAGUUGUCUAAUGACUGGCAGCUGGGACAAAACUCUGAAAUUUUGGGAUCUGAGGCAAUCAAAUCCUAUCCUGACUCUACAGUUACCUGAGAGGUGUUAUUGUGCUGAUGUAGUCUAUCCCAUGGCAAUUGUCGGCACUGCACAACGGGGAAUUAUUUGUUAUCAACUGGAAAACCAGCCUUCAGAAUAUAAGAGAAUAGAGUCACCACUAAAAUAUCAGAAUCGCUGUGUAAGYAUCUUUAAAGACAGCAAAAAGAAUGGCCAGCCAGUUGGAUUUGCACUGGGCUCAGUGGAAGGAAGGGUUGCUAUUCAUUUUAUUCAACCACAAAACCCGAAAGAUAACUUCACCUUCAAGUGUCACAGAUCCAAUGGGACAACUGCCAACAUCCAAGAUAUUUAUGCAGUAAAUAACAUUGCAUUCCACCCUGUUCAUUUUUGUCUGCUGUCAACUGUUGGUUCAGAUGGAAAAUUCAGUUUCUGGGACAAAGAUGCACGUACCAAAUUAAAGACGUCAGAACAACUCAACCUUCCCAUCACAAGUUGCUGUUUCAACUCCAAGGGAAACAUAUUUGCUUAUGCGUCAGGAUAUGAUUGGUCAAAGGGACACGAAUACUAYAAUCCACAAGUCAAGCCUAAAAUUCUCCUCAGAAGCUGCGCAGAUGAACUCAAACCAAGGAAAGGGAAAUAAAUUCGUGCACAUGUAYAUAACRCAGGUCAUUCAUUGGUCAUUCCUACUCUUCAACRCAAGAAUGUAAAGUCAAGCAUUUAUUGGUUAGCAGAACAUGUACAGUAUAGAGACUAAMAAAUUAAGAACACAGAGGGACAUAGAGUACUCUGAAUUGACGCCURUGGUGCAUGCACUGUACUACACAAUACAUUUGUUAAUAUACAUUAAUGGAGCAUAUAUUUUGUAUGAAAACGUUUGGCCCACAUGUAAACGAAAUGUGGUACAGAUUUCAAGUCUGAAAUAAAUUUAAAAAUAAAUUUGUUUCUUAA